AUCCCACCAUAUCAGCCUGUUUAGACUAUAAAGGAAACCAUGUAAGUAGGUGGGUAGACAGGUAGGUAACCCUUCCUCUAUGUAUACCCAGUUUUAGAUACGAUAAUGUUGCACCCUUCUUCCGUCUCAUAUAUAAGAUACGAUCAAUCCGAACCAUAUCAAUCCUAUCGAGAAUAUCUACUUCAUUCACCCAACGCUCUUUCCAUUCAUUCGGAAACGGUGCAACAGCACGGUAGAAUUCAUUGUGACAGAUGAUCUUAGCACAUUCAUUCCCCAUUCAUACAAUCCUAAGACUCACCCAGUACAAUAUCGCUUCUUCUUGAAUUCAUCGACCUUUCUAACCUACUCCCUUACAAGAACAAUUCUUGCUUUCCCUAGAAUACAACUUACCAACUUCCCUUCUCUUCUCUUCUCUUCUCUUCUCUUUCUACCAAAACAGUUUAUACAAUUACAGAUGCGGGUCUAAAAGAUGACCUGGCCUUCAACAAUGAAGCCGAUACUUAGAUUGUGUCGUGCCAAUAAUUAUUCAGAAGUACUCUCGCCGGGUCCAAAGAUUGGCGACAGUCUUGCUACUCACUUACGAUCACUUUAUCCAACAAGCCAGAAAAAGUACAAGAGGUAUACAUCGACAACUACUUCUUCCACCACAUCUGCUGUCCCGAAUACCGCAUCUCUUUCUACAGCGUCCUCUGCUGCUGUUACGCCGGAUUUAAUCACCACUCCAUACUCGAAUUUGACAAUUGGGAUAGCUCGCGAGACAUACCCAAACGAAAAACGAGUUGCCAUUACUCCACAAAAUGCACAAUUGUUGAUUAAGAAAGGGUUCUCCCGGGUUCUUGUUGAGCGAGGUGCUGGAGCCGAAGCUCAAUUCACAGAUGAGGCAUACGAAACAGCGGGAGCUAAAAUAGUAAAUAGGAAGAAUGUUUGGGCAGAGAGUAAUAUUCUUCUAAAGGUCCGGGCACCAACUGUGGAGGGACCUAAUAAUGAAGUCGAUUCGCUCAAGAACAAUGCAACUCUUAUCUCGUUCUUAUAUCCAGGAGUAAACAAAAAUGUCGUGGAGAAAUUAGCGCAUCGAGAGGUUACCUCUUUCGCGAUGGACAUGAUUCCUAGAAUUUCCAGAGCUCAAAUUUUCGACGCUUUGAGCUCUAUGGCUAAUAUAGCCGGUUACAAAGCUGUCCUAGAGGCUUCAAAUCAUUUUGGUCGUUACAUGACUGGUCAAGUCACUGCUGCUGGUGAAUUUAGAAAGGUUCCUCCUUGUAAAGUACUUGUCAUCGGUGCUGGUGUGGCUGGUUUAAGUGCCAUUGCAACAGCUCGACGCAUGGGAGCAAUCGUACGGGGAUUUGACACCAGAUCAGCUGCACGUGAGCAAGUCCAAUCAUUAGGUGCUGAAUUCAUCGAGGUAGAUUUCAAAGAAGAUGGAUCUGGCGCCGGCGGUUAUGGAAAAGAAAUGUCAAAAGAAUUCAUGGAGGCCGAGAAGAAAUUGUUCAUGGAACAAUGUCGUGAAGUUGAUAUCAUAAUUACCACUGCAUUGAUUCCCGGCCGUCCUGCUCCUAAAUUGAUUCACGAAGAUAUGGUUGCCGCAAUGAAACCUGGUUCUGUCAUUGUUGAUUUGGCAGCAGAAGCAGGUGGUAAUUGUGAUGUUACUGUUCCAGGUCAAUUGAUUGAACAUAAAGGAGUUAAGAUUAUAGGAUAUACUGAUCUUCCCUCUCGACUACCGACUCAAUCUUCCACCUUGUACUCUAAUAACAUCACUAAAUUCCUUCUUUCUAUUGCCCCUGAAGAGAAGCAAUUCGGAAUCGAUCUCAAGGAUGAAGUUGUUCGUGGUUCAAUUGUCACUCACAAUGGAGAAAUCAUACCCACUGCACCACGACCAGCUCCGCCAGCUCCAAAAGCUGCCUCAGCUGUCGAUGUUAACGCGUCAGCUGCUAAUACUGUACCCUUGACUCCUUGGCAAAAGCAAACACGUGAAGUCGGAGCUAUCACCGGUGGGAUGAGUCUUGCACUUCUUCUUGGCAAAGCAACUGGGCCUUUAUUUAUGAACAAUGUCUUCACGUUUGCACUGGCUGGAUUGAUUGGCUACAGAACCGUAUGGGGAGUUGCUCCUGCCUUACAUUCUCCACUCAUGAGUGUUACAAAUGCGAUCUCAGGUAUGGUCGGUGUUGGUGGAUUUUUCAUCAUGGGAGGUGGUCUUGUACCACAUACUAUUCCUCAAGCUCUCGGUGCUUUGUCUGUAAUGCUUGCAUUUGUAAAUGUUUCUGGUGGAUUUUUGAUUACCAAACGAAUGUUAGAUAUGUUCAAGCGACCAACUGAUCCAAAGGAAUACCCAUGGUUAUAUGCUGUACCUGCUGUUGUUUUCGGUGCCGGGUAUAUAGCCGCUGCAUCCACUGGUAUGGCUGGGCUGGUACAAGCAGGAUAUAUUGCCAGCAGUCUCCUGUGCAUUGCAUCAUUAUCUGGUCUUGCUUCUCAAACGACGGCGCGUCAAGGUAAUCUUUUGGGUAUUCUGGGUGUUGGAGUCGGCAUACUUGCAUCACUAGCCGCGGUUGGAUUUCCUGUUGAAGUACUUGCACAAUUCGCAGCCGUUGCUGGUUGUGGAGCCAUCAUUGGGUUGAGAAUUGGACGACGCACUACCGCAACUGAUUUACCUCAAACUGUGGCGGCACUUCACUCUGUGGUUGGUCUUGCUGCUGUUUUAACUAGUUUCGGAUCAGUCAUGGCAGAUAUUGGUGACAUCUCACAACUUCAUCUCAUAGCUGGAUAUAUGGGUGUUCUCAUUGGUGGUGUUACGUUUACUGGAUCCAUAGUAGCUUACCUUAAACUUGCUGGUCGGAUGUCUUCCAAACCAAUUAGGCUUCCAGGUCCCAAACAUUCAGUCAACUCUACUCUGCUUGCUCUUAAUAUGGCCAACAUGGCAGCCUUCAUUACUUUUGCACCUGCUGCACCAGUGAUUGCCGCAUGUUGCUUGGGUGGUAAUGCAGUUCUUAGUUUCAUCAAAGGUUACACAACUACCGCUGCUAUCGGUGGAGCAGAUAUGCCUGUCGUCAUUACUGUACUCAACGCAUAUUCCGGAUUUGCAAUUGUAUCUGAAGGCUUCAUGCUCGAUAUGCCGCUUUUAACGACAGUUGGAUCUUUGAUAGGAGUUAGUGGUUCAAUCCUAUCUUCUAUUAUGUGUGUCGGGAUGAAUCGAUCUAUCGGAAACGUUCUCUUUGGAGGAAUAGCUCCUAGCACGGAAACUGAGCAUAAAAUCGAAGGGCAAAUCACCAAAACCAAUAUCGAUGAAGUCGUGGAAUCCCUUGAAAAUGCGGAAAGUGUUAUCAUUGUCGUUGGAUAUGGUAUGGCAGUUGCAAAAGCUCAAUAUGCUAUCAGCGAUAUCACUCGAAUGCUUAAGAGUAAAGGCAUUAACGUCCGUUUCGCCAUUCAUCCUGUCGCAGGUCGCAUGCCUGGUCAAUGCAAUGUUCUUCUUGCUGAAGCUAGCGUUCCAUACGAUAUUGUCCUCGAAAUGGAUGAAAUCAAUGAUGAUUUCGGAGAAACAGAUGUAACACUUGUCAUUGGCGCAAAUGAUACAGUCAACCCUAUCGCUCUUGAACCGGGUUCUAGUAUUGCUGGUAUGCCUGUUUUACACGCGUGGAAGAGUAAACAGGUGAUUGUUAUGAAGAGAGGUAUGGCAAGUGGAUAUGCUGAUGUGGUUAAUCCCAUGUUUUAUAUGCCGGGUACGAGAAUGCUUUUUGGUGAUGCUAAGGAUAGUUGUGAUGCUAUUAAAGGUGCACUGGAAGCGAGAAAUCGUAUGUAUGACGUUUGAGUGACUAUAAGCGAAAUAGCUACUACUCUUUGACGGUUGCUGGCGAGAUUUCUUUUAAAAGAUUUCCUUGCUUUGUCGGGUAGAUACAUCAAGCUGGGUAUAUAUUCCCUAGAACUCGAAUGGAGGGAAUCAUGAGUCAGGGAUAAGGAUUAGGGAUUAAGGGUUGAGAGUUAAGUAUUAGGGGCUAGGUAAUUUGUCUAUAAGUGAGUAAGUCAGUUGAGAGUUGAAUGUGGGUUUUGGGUACACACAGAUGGGGAGUCGGAGAGAAAUGAAAUAAGAAAUAAGAGAAGUGGAUGAUAAAGAAGAUUCGGUAGAUGAUAAUGAUUAUAAUGAUCAUGAUUAUGUUUGUUAUUAUUAUAUUUAUUAUCUUUUCUACUUUCC